AUGGGUUGUGGAAAUUCAAAUCCAAAAAAAGUAGACCAUAAUUAAAAUCAAUUAAGUAGUUAAGAAAAAGAAGACGAAUAUUUUUCUAGAUAAACAGCAGUAUAUGGUGUUGAAAACUAAUGUAAAAUUCGAAAAUUAAAUAUUUUUUUAUAUGGAGUUUUUGGUGUUGGUAUUGAAAUAGCAAAGAAUUUAAUUUUAUCAGGAGUUAAUUAAUUAGUUAUAUAUGAUAAUAAAAUAUGCGAUAAAAAUGAUUAAAAUGUUAAUUUUUGUAUUAGAGAUAAUCAUAUUAAAAAUAAAAAUUCAAGAGCUGAUGCCAGUUUGGAAACUCUUUAAUAAUUAAGUUUAUAUUGCUAAAUUAAAGUUCAUAAAGAAGAAAUUAAUAAUGAAUUUCUAUCUUAGUUUAAUGUCGUUGUAUUUACAGAUUUUUACGAUAAAUAGAAACUUAUUGAAUAUAAUAACUUUUGUAGAAAAAAUAAUAUAGGAUUUAUUUUGAGUGCUAAUUUAGGUUUAUAUGGUUUCCUUUUUGUUGAUUUUGGGGAUAAACAUUUAGUUUAAGAUAUAGAUGGAGAAUAAAUAAAAUAGGCAAGUAUUAGCUCUAUUUCUUAAGAUAAGUAGGCAUAAAUUACUGUAGAAGAUGAUAAAAAAUUAAAAUUUUAAAAUGGAGAUACUGUUUAGUUUUAAGAAGUAUAAGGAAUGACAGAGUUGAAUGGAAAAUAAUUUUAAAUUGAAAUAAAAUCGGCUUAUAAAUUUACAAUAAAAUAAGAUACAACGAAAUUUACUCCUUAUAAAUCUAAUGGAAUUGUAUAUUAAGUUAAAGUUCCUUAAUAAAUAACAUUCAAGUCUUUAUAAGAAAUACUUGAAAAUCCCCAAAAAGAUGAUUUUAUGCUUUUUGAUUCUACUUAAACUUCCUAAAGUUAAGAUUUGCAUAUUAUAUUAAAUGGAUUAUUUGAAUAUUAUUAAGAAAAUAAAAAAUUACCGUAAUUUUUAAAUGAAGAUAAUGCAAAAUAAGUGAUUGGAAUAAUAAAUAAGAUAUAAGGAAAAUAUAAAAAUCUUAAUGCAAAUUAAAUAAAUGAAUCUUUAAUAAAAAAUAUUGUAUUGUAUUCAUAAGCUAAUAUCAUACCAAUAUGUUAUAUAUGGGGAGCUUUAGUUUCUUAAGAAGUGAUAAAAUAUAUAGGUUUAUAUAAACCAAUAAAAUAAAUUAUUCAUUGUGAAAUGCUUGAUAUUUUAUGUCCUUAAUAAAAUUUAUAAGUUUUAAAUGAUAAUUAUUAACUUUCGGUUCUUGGGAAAGUUUUUUUUAAUAAAUUAGGAAAUUAAAACAUAUUUUUAGUAGGGGCUGGAUCUUUAGGAUGUGAAUAUUUGAAAAAUAUAAGCUUACUUUUGAAUAAUUGUAGUUUAGAUGGAUAAAUAUUUAUUACAGAUUUCGAUAAAGUUAACUUUUCGAAUUUAAAUACUUAAUUUUUAUAUACUAAUCAAUUUUUAGGGAAAAGUAAAUCUGAAGUUAUAGCUAAUUAAAUAAAAUUAAUAAAUAAAUAAAUUAAAAUUAAAAACUUUAAUAAAUCUUUUAAUCUUAAAAAUUAAUAAAUUUUCGAUGAUUUGUUUUGGGAUAACCUUAAUAUAGUUAUAACAUCAGUUGAUAAUACAUAAACUAGAGCAUUAAUAGAUGCUUAAUGCGUUUGGUUUGGAAAACCAUUAUUCGAUUCUGGAAUUUAAGAAAGUAAAUGCCAUACUUAAGUAAUAGUCCCAAAAUAGACUUAAUGUUAUUAAGAUUCUCAUGAUAUUAGUGAAGAAAGUGCACCUUUAUGUGUUUUGAGUAAUUUUCCUCAUAUAAUAUAACAUACAGUUUAAUGGAGUUCAGACUAAUUUUAAGUUUUUUUUGUUGAAGGGAUUGAAGAAAUAAGCAAAUUUGUAAAAAAUGGACAAUAACAUAUCUAAAAUUUAAAAAAUGAAUUUUAAGAUAAAAGUGGCUUUUUGAAAUAAAAAUUACUAAAUUUAUAAACUUAUGCUACUGUUUUAUUAUAACCUAAUUAUGAAUAAUGUAUUAAUAUUGCGUUUAAAUUGUUUUAUUAAAACUUUUAUGAUUAAAUUAUUUAAUUGUUAUAAGGAUUUCCUAUUGAUCAUAAAAAUGAAGAUGGAAAACCUUUCUGGAGUGGACAUAAGAGAUUACCUUAAGCCUUAGAACUUAAUUAUGAAGAUUAAUUACAUCUAGAUUUUAUUUUAUCAGUUUCUAAUAUAAUUGCUUAUUCAUUUGAUAUAAAAGGAUAAUUACCAAAAGAUAAAAUAGCUAAGUAUUUAGGUUAGAAUAAAGAAACUUUAUAAAAACUUUUUUAAGUAGAGAAAAAAAAUAUUGAUGAUGAUUAAAUUAAUUUAAAUCUAAUAGCUGAGCUUUAAAAAUUGAAAAUAAAACAUUCAUAAAAGGUUUAUCUGUUAUAAUUAGAAAAUGAUGAAUAAUAAGAAUUAUAAUAAAAUUUUAUUUAUACUACAUCUAAUUUAAGAGCAAGAAAUUACAAAAUAGAAGAGGCAUCUAAAUAAAAAAUAAAAAUGAUUUCUAAUAAAACAGUACCUUCAACAGCUAUUAUGGCUUCUUUAGGUGCUAGUUUAAAUAUUAUUUAAAUUAUAAAAUAUUUAAAAAAUUAAAUUUAAUAAAAGAAUGUUUAUCAAUAGAAAAAUUCUUUUAUUAAUUUAGCAAUUCCAUUAUAUUUGUUUGCUGAUACAUUAGCCCCUAUUGCUUAAAAAGAUAAAGAAUAUGAUGAAAUUGUUUUAGGCCCUGUUAAGGCUAUACCUCCAGGAUUUACUAAUUGGGAUAAAAUUGAAAUUAAUGGACCUAUGAAAUUAAGUUAAUUAAUAGAUAAUUUUAAAGAUUAAUAUAAAGUUAAAUUAUCAAUUAUUUCAGUUGGAAAGCUAUGUAUUUAUAAUGUAUAUGGAGGAUAACAAUAAUAAGAUUUGCUAAACUAAGAUAUUCUAGAAUUGUACUAAAAACUUUAAAAAUAAAAGGUUCCCGCAAGUAAAGCUUUUUUAGAAAUUAUUGUUAAUGGAGAAACAUUAGAUGAUAGUACAGACUGUAAUAUGCCUGUUAUUAAAUAUAGAAUUAAAUGA